AUGUGCUCCAAAUGCUUUAGAGAAUUAGAUGCUAAAAAUAAACGAGUCAAAGACAAUCAUAGAUCCAAUACAAUAUUACCUAAUAAAAUCGAAUCAAAUCAUCAUCAGAUAGAAGAAGGAAAAGCUCAGAUCGAAGCUUUAGUUAACUAUUAUGAAGAACAAAAGAAAAUUAUUAUACAAAAGAACAAAGGAAAAUGCUUUUCAUGUAAUUCAAAGAUUCCUAUUACAAAACAAUUGAUUAACAAAUGCAAAUGUGAAUACGUAUUUUGUGAUACACAUCGUUACCCUGAUAAACACAACUGUACUUUUGAUCAUGCAAAAAAUGAUAAAGAUAUUUUAGCAAAGAAUAACCCAAAGUUAAAUGAAAAGAAGCGAGGCGGCAAUUCAUUUAAUCGUAUUGAUAGUCUUUAA